AUGUCCCGCAGGAACUUGGUGGGUUUGUUGCAGUCAUUUCUACUCCUGAGUCUUGUGGCCACUGUGAAGGCGGGAAUACCAAGCCUACGGAAUCCAGGGUGUCCACCCACUCCUGAGGUCAAGAACUUCAUCCAGAAUGUCAACGUCAACCUGAGCAUCUUUAAUCCCCCUACACAAAAUGUGAAUUCCAGGAGGUCCUCCGACUACUAUAAACGAUCCACCUCACCUUGGACUCUCCGCCGCAACGAGGACCCCGAGAGAUACCCACCUGUGCUCUGGGAGGCCGAGUGCCGCUACUCCGGCUGUGUCAACACAGCGGGGAAGGAGGACCACCACAUGAGCUCCGUCCCCCUACAGCAGGAGAUCCUGGUGCUGCGGAGGCAGCCUCGCGACUGCCCGCUCUCCUUCCGCCUAGAGAAGAUGAAAGUGACGGUGGGCUGCACCUGCGUCAGCCCAGUGGUCCGCCAUGUGGGCUGA